ACCGGUUCUGAUGGUCUCCCUUUCAGAAGUGCAUUCAAAAAUGUCAUCUUUCGCAGAAGUUUGCACUUGGAUAUUGAGAGACCCCUUGCUGUCAUUCAGAAUAAGUUGGACCAGGAAGUCAUCGUACAAUUCAAAGUUUGCUGCCCAAACGUAGGAGAAGAAACAUCAAUUUAUGUGAUCGGCAAUGCUUUGAAGCUGGGGCUAUGGAAGGUUCAGGAUGGACUUGAGCUCAAUUAUGCUGGUGAAUCAAUGUGGCAAGCAGAUUGUGUCAUGCAAAAGGAUGAUUUUCCUAUUAAAUAUCCUUUUGGUUGCCUUUUGUUUCAUAUUAUACAGCAUUAUGAGUAUUGUUUGUUAAAUGGUAUUUGGCUCUUGUAUCUCUCUGUGUCCAUCUUCCUUAACAGCUCUUUCACGUACAAAUACAGUAAAUAUGGCAAGGCAGGGAACUUCUCUCUAGAAACUGGUCCCAACCGGGAGCUCUUUGUUGACUUCUCAAGUAGUCAACCAAAAUGCAUUAUUGUUUCAGAUGGCAUGAUGCGAGUAAGGUGUUGA